AUGUGCAGCUCUGAUAUCUUCCUCGCGAUUCUCGCGGUCUUUUUCCCACCUAUCGCGGUGUGGAUCAAGGCCGGUAUUUGUACCGCAGACUCGGUCAUCAACAUCGCACUUUGCCUGCUCGGCUUUAUUCCUGGUCUCAUUCAUGCAUGGUACAUCAUCAUGAAAUAUCCAGAGCCCAACUACGAUGAGGCUGUUUACGAGCCCAUUCCCGGCGGCUCGAGUCAGCGUCGUGACCUCGAAAAUGGUCGUGUGACUUACUACUAUGUCUCACACCAGCCACCUCAGCACUCGGCACCGCAGGCUUCGUAUGGAACCUUGAACCAGCCCGGACAGCAACAGUCGACCCCUCAGUCUAAGACCGCCGGCCACCCUCAACACCAAGGUGCUGCUGCUGGUAGCGGAGAGGGACGAUCCGAUGCCCGACCACCGCCCACAUAUGCCGAGGCUGUGAGGGGUGAUAACAAGAUCCAGUCUCAGGACUAA